AUGUCGGCAGAAUCCUCAGCGAUAGCCGCCAAGCGUCGCUUAAGGCGUAUACCUGACGAAUCCCACACAACAUACCAUACCACACCCCAUCCGUACAAUGGAGGACCCCUGGCGCUGAUUGUUUGUCUUAAGCGAAGGUGCAAGUGUGUGCCUGAUCCUUCGGGUACUGGCUGUGUAAAUUGUGUUGAACAUAAUGUCACCUGCUCAUAUACCGCGCCGCGCAAGACGCGCUUCUACGGCAGUGUUGAUGAUUUAAGCGAUAGGUACCGUUGUUUGGAAGCUCUCGUCAAAGGUGCAUUCCCCGAUGAAUGUCUGGAUAAUGUCAGUGACCUUGCGCAAUUGGGCCAGCGCUUGGGCUACAAAAUGCCCAAUGUUACAGACCCGAAUCGUAAGCUUCUCAAGGUCGAUGAAUUGGUACAAAGUCCUCCGGACAAUGAGCGCACACCUUCGAUAGGGCCCGAAAUUGUUACGACGGAUGGAAAUAGUGCUGGUACGACGCCGCCUGAUAAGCAAAACGAAGGACCCCAAUCAUCACUCGUCAAAGACAACUCAGGCCAUGAACACUACAUCGGACCUUCAGGAACACUCAACUUCUGGAACCAACUGCGAAACCUUGUUGACUCGAAUGAUAGUAACCCUGCUCCCGGCCGCGCGGGGACUACCAAGUUUACUCAAGACAACACGAGUCGACUCCUCGAGGCUGACGGACAAGACGACGAAGACCAACCUCAACGCAUUGCGCUUUCGCCACAAGAUGGACCUUCGCCUGGAUCAAUGACAUCCGCCAUUGCGCGCGACUUCACACGUCUGCCAACCACGGACAUGGAUGAGAUCCUCGGCCAGUUCCCUCCGAAUGAGGUACUUGAGCAGCUCAUCCAGUCUUACUUUAAGAAUGUUCACGAUGACUUUCCGCUGUUCCAUCGCGCUACGUUUGAGGAGGAGUAUGAGUUAUUCAUUGUUCAAGCUCGACGACAGCCGCGUAUCCCGAAUUCGAGACCACUUCAAUUACCUGACUGGGGCUGGAUUGGAUGCCUUCAUAUGAUCGUCGUAUUUGGAUCAAUUGCCGACCGGUCAAUUCCCAACAUCGACCACUCUGGUCUGCGACGAAGAUCAGUCACAGUGGCUAGAGCUUUGCUACCCCAGUUCAUAUCGAAAUGUUCCCUCACCAAUGUUCGUGUCUUGCUACUUCUGUCGCUGUUCCUGCACAACAACAAUGAGAGAAACGCUGCGUGGAACAUCGCAGGUACGGCAACGCGCAUCUCCUUUGCCCUCGGCCUCCACCGCUCCGACAUGAGCUCUUCGUUCAGACCAGUGGAGAGGGAAGUCCGGAAAUGGGUGUUCUGCACAUUAUACGCCUUCGAGCAAUUCCUCGCCUCGAGUCUUGGUCGGCCCAGUGGCUUGCAGGAACUUGACGUCGAAGUCGUCCCACCAAGGGAAGAUUUUGUGGAAGGAGGCAUCGGAACGGACGCCAGACUUGUGUCAUGGUCUGUCAAGCUCCAAGCUAUCCUUGCGCGAACGCGACUUUUACACGGCAUCAAUCGAAGUCCGGGGCCGAAACUGGAUGAGGUCCUGAAUGCUCUGGAUGGGUGGAAGAAAGACAUCGGAAAGGCCCCAGGACUGGAUGUUUCUUGGAUCAAGCUUGAAGGCCGGGCGCUUCCUUCUAUAGACGAAGACGGCGCUGUGGAUAUGGAGGAACUCAAAGUGUCGCUGGCCUGGAAGACGCGUGCACAACUCCGGGCUGUCUUACUGCUACACAUUCAGUUUCACUAUAUCACUAUCGUCGCUACACGACCGUUACUACUUCAAGACGUCGCGGCAACAAGAAAGGCAGCCCUGGAAGCGUCCAAGGCACCGGUACCUAGACAUGCUGCGUUAUGCGUCAAGCACGCAUGCCAACUGAGCUAUCUCAUGAUCCUGCUCGACCACUUUGACGUUAUCAAUGGCCUUUCCGGACUCGAUAUAUUCUACGCUUACUGCUCGGGUAUGGUUCUAAUCCUGCGACUACUCCGACUACUCCCUGGGGAAUUGGUCGAAGGAGUUCGUCCAGACGAAGUCGCCCUACAAAGCAAGAUCCGACGUCUUGUAGCGACUCUACGAAACGUCAUCAACCACACAGAUAAAUGCGGCUCAAUGAAGCGCCUAGCUCACGUUGUCGACACGUUCUCAGAAUGCGCCAACAGCCCAACCGAUCUAUCAGCGACAUCAAACCUUCCUCCGCAGAGUAUGAACAUGCCCUACCCAGUCCAGCAGAUGCAACCACAGCAAGCCCCAGGCAUUGGAUCGAUGGACGGUCUUUUGAACUUUUUACCAUUUCCGGGAUUCGGAACAAUUGAUGGCUCGAUGGCACAGUUUAUACCAGGAAAUGAGAUGGAAUUGGCUGGCUGGACUGAUAUGGAGUUUUUAAUGGAGGGAUAUGGGGAUGCUAAUAGAUCGGGAUACUACGGAUAG